GCAGGCGUCCUGAAUAACAUCCGGGCUUGGUAGGAUGAAUCCUAAAUUACAACAUGGCGACCGAGGGAGGAGGGAAGGAGAUGAACGAAAUCAAAACUCAGUUUACUACCAGGGAAGGUGUUUAUAAAGUGUUAACCCACUCCGAAUACAGCCGGCCGAACAGGGUGCCUUUUAAUUCUCAAGGAUCCAAUCCAGUCAAGGUGUCAUUCGUAAAUGUGAACGACCAGUCCGGCAAUGGGGAUAGAAUCUGCUUUAAUGUGGGCCGGGAGUUGUACUUUUACAUUUACAAAGGCGUAAGGAAGGUUUAA